UCAGAAGAAGAGGUGGAACAAUUUUUGCUCAUCCAGCGUGUGUUGCUUGUCGAACACAAACAACCAACGCGCAGGGAAACACCGCCAGUCCUGAAGCAGGAGCACAACUCACGUGUGGAGACUCACAAGGCAAUGAAAAACAGAAAAAACAACAAAAAUGGUGCCAGGAGGACCAAAUUUAAACCUGGCUCUAAAAAGAGGGAAAAUAAAUGCAUCGUCUCUUUUGACGAAAAAGAAAGAGAGGAGUAUCUUACCGGUUUUCAUAAGAGGAAAGUCGAACGCAGGAAAGCCGCGAUAGCAGAAAUUCGCAAGAAGAUCAAGGAAGAGCAGAAGAAAGUUCGGAACGAGAGACAUAAAGAAUACAUGAAAAUGCUGAAGGAGCGACAAGAAGCACUCGACGAAAGUGACGAUGAUGACCUGGAGGAGGCGAUCACCAGUACCACAGAGUCCGUUCAGGUGGAUCACCCGAACCACACGGUCACCGUGACAACCAUCAGUAAUCUCGACCUCACCUCCAAUCACCUGUUUGAAAGAAUAGCAAACCAGGUCAACAAGGAGAAUGCAGAUAAUGAACACGAAGAGGAAGAGGUGACAAUGAAGGCAAUGCCCAAAAAAGCUUCAUCUGUCGCCCACGCUUGCAGGAUCCGCUCGCUGACUGCAUCACUCAGCACCUACACAUGCAAGGGGAAGAGGAAAGGGAAGCAGGAAGGCCGAGGAGGGCGAGGCUGGCAGACGGACAAGAGAGCUGCCAUCAGGGACAGUAAAGCCGGCUCCAAGAAGACCACCAAGCGGCAGAGACGACGUAUGACGGGGAAGAAGCAGCACCAGGGAGACUGACUGAAAGAUGAACUUUAGUGGACCAUUUGUGGGCCGAAUUUGGCAAAUGAUAACCGUGCAUAAGGACCACCUCGACACAGUUUAGAUCAAGGAUGUCCAAACUAUGGCCCGUGGGCUAAGUGCGGCCCACUGUCCUCUUCAAUUUGGCCCGCGUGACGUCAUGAGUUCAACAAAGCAUGUUUUCAAAUUAAUCUUAAAUACCGGGUGCUCACUGAAAGUUAGAUUUUCUGCCAUCUUGUGGACAAUGUGAGUAAAUCAGAUCAAUGACAUUUGAUAGAUUUUCCAGUAAUAUCACAGCAUUUAUGUAUAUGACACAAUCCAAACAACCUUCCCUAGUCAUGGUGCAAAAAAAUGCAACCAACACAACCUGCUCACUGAAAAUUGUGGAUAUUACGAAAAACAUCCAAACACCAUAACAUAAUUCAAAAUUACACCCAUUUUAAUCCAUCAGAGUGCAUGACUGGGAAAAAUGCAAAACUCUCCACUUAUCAUGCUUGGCACAUUUUAGCUGGUUGAUAUUUCUGAUUGAUUUUAAGGAGGUCGUCACAGAAGUAAACAAGGUAGGAGCUUUACUUUCACAUGCUGUUAAUAUCAAUUAUGUUUAUUAUAUAUGCGUCAUAUUAAUAUGUGUGUUUAUAUUUACAUAUAUGUUUAUAUACACAUGUAUACAUAUACACAUAUAUAUAUAUAUAAAUAUAAAUAUGUAUAUAUGUGUGUGUUACUUUACAUGCUUUCGACGCCCGCCAAUAUUUUUUAGCCCAAUGUGGCCCCCAAGUCAAAAGGUCUAGACACCCCCGGUUUAGAUGAACACUGCCAGAGAGGUCGUCAUUGAAGCAAAUUAUCUUUUUGUGUUUGUAGUUGUGACAUAUGUGUCUUGUAUGUGGACUUUGCGGUAGAGAUUAGAACACAACAAUAAUGUAUUUCCACAUGUCCUGAUGUUGUAGUGUUAUUGUCAUUGAGAUAAUCUGUUUUGAUUAAAUAUUCUCACCACUAA